UAUUAUCCGACGAUGUAGCUUCUCUCGUAGAACUUUCUCGAAAGUAAUGAAUGGUCGAAUUUCACAAGCAAGCAUAUUUUUCCCAUGCGAGCUCACUUUCCCUUCUCCUCUGAAACCCUCUCCUCAUCUCAUCUCGAUGUCGACACCCCUAAUUCCCCAAAUCGUGCGAAAAAUCUAAGCCCUCCCUAAUUCCAUCUCCCAUUCACCUCAACCCCCCUUCUUCGUCGUCGUCGUCGUCGUCGUCGUCGUCGUCGUCGUCGAUCACCCUUGUCAAACCCUAGAUGAGCGGCGGCGGUGCCGUCCCCUCCUCCGAUGCCUCACCGCCCUCGGUGCCCCUCGCGCCGGGGUUCCGGUUCCACCCUACCGACGAGGAGCUCGUCAUCUACUACCUCAAGCGCCGGAUCUUAGGCCGAUCCCUCCGCGUCGACGCCAUCGCCGAGAUCGACCUCUACAAGUGCGAGCCGUGGGACCUCCCCGCGCGGUCCCGGAUCCGGAGCCGCGACACGGAGUGGUACUUCUUCAGCACCCUCGAUCGCAAGUACGCCAACAAGUCCCGCACCAACCGCGCCACGGCGAUGGGGUAUUGGAAGACCACGGGGAAGGACCGCGAGGUGCGCCACGGAUCCCGCGUGGUGGGGAUGAAGAAAACCCUAGUGUUCCACGCCGGUCGCGCUCCCCGCGGCGACAGGACCAAUUGGGUCAUGCACGAGUAUCGCCUCGAGGGCGAGGAGAUCGCCAACGCCGCGGUCUCACAGGAUUCGUUUGUGGUAUGCAGGGUCUUCCAGAAGAGUGGGUCUGGGCCGCAGAACGGUGCUCAAUACGGGGCACCAUUCGUUGAGGGGGAGUGGGCGGAGGAGACGGAUACUGUGGCUCUUGAGGUUAAUGAUGGCGAGAAGGAAGAGUACCUGCAGAUGAAUGACUUUUCACAGAUCCAGGAUCAGGUUAAUCAACAUGACACUCUUCCUGGUUCAGCACCAAGUUCAAUCGAAUCAGAUGAUAGCAGCCAUGUAGAUGAUCCUGUUGGUUUAACCGAGGUGGUGAAGACCGAACCAAAUAUUAUUGACGACAUGAUUGAAUAUUAUGAACUUGAACAGAAGAACUCCUUGGAACUCAAUAACAAUGCCGAAGAACGCGCCAUUGUGACAGAAUCAUCUUCAAGUCCUUGCCAGAAUGGUCAAUAUGUGGAGCUGAAUGAUCUUAAAGAUGUCGUGAAUUUGGAUUUCCCUCAUAGUGAUGAUUCCACUACUUGGCCUUUAAAAACAUGCUAUAAGCAGAAUUUUAUGAAUGGAAUAGAUAGUGGAAGUAACUUGCAAGAAAUACUUGAUGUGGAGGAGUUCUUUGAUACCAUGAAUGAAGACAGUGAUAGCCAAGAACCAACUGUGUUGUGUGACAACUCUUAUCUGGCUACUAAUUUUUAUUCUAGUGAGCAGGGCAAUGAGAACAUGGUGUUUUACGAUGCAUCGAGCGAUGACCCUGCAAAUGGAAAGGAUGAAUUCGUACAUCCGAAUGGACCUCUGCCCACACCCAUUUCUAGUUCAUCUGGGUUUGAUAUGGUGGAUGAAUUAUUGACAUAUUUUGAUACCACAGAAAAUAUGUUGGGUUCUGUAGACAACUUAGAGGCUACUGAUGCUUACCUUCCGAACCUGUCAAACUUCACGCAACAGGUUGAUGCUACAUGUAAUGCAACUUCAAUGGUUUUAGAAGCAAAUGAUCAAUGUGGCGCAUCCUCAUCUGCUGGGCCAUCUGAUGCUAUUAAUAAAUUAAAUGAAAAAACCAAGGAUCUCACACCUGUGUCAGAUAUUUCAAUGGAUGAUAUUGGGGAUAAAUCUAUUAGGAAGCAUCUUGUGCAUAUGCUGGGGUCGAUAUCCGCACCCCCUGCUCUUGCCGAAGAAUUUUGUGCUGGGCCAGGAAAAUCCAUUGUGCCUAUCUCUGCAGCCCAUUCAGCUAGCUCCUCGGUCCAUGUCACUGCAGGUAUUAUUCAAAUAGGUGGUCUGACAUUCUCAGGCAACACACCGAAGAAUGGAGAUUACGGCUUCCUCAUUUCGUAUAGCAUUGAUGGUAAUCUACCAACAAAAUCGGUAGAAUAUGAUCCAAUUACAAAGAUGAAUGGCAGUGCGAUCGCAACGAUUUUCCAUAGUGGGUUUUAUCUUUUCUUCCUCUCCACACUGAUCCUUGCAGUAAGCUAUAAGUUAGGGGUUUGUUUCUAUAACAGGUAAGUUGAUACCAUCUUAAUUAUUUACUAUUCAUAGGACUUAAACAAGAAUUAGAUAUAAGCUCUUCUCGAGAUACACGAACUCAUUACUGGUUUGUGGAAUUGCAUAUUUUAGCAUAGAUCUAAAGCCAGGUUUGUAUUAAGCUCAUCUCAGAUACUCUCUCGUGAGCUGUUAUCAACUUAUCAUCACUCUAGCGCAUGUUUAUAGGGGCUAAGAAAUUGGAGAAUGCAUUUACACUGGCUCAGGAAAUAAUGGUUGUAAACUGAGGAUAUCAAAUUGCAGCCUCUGGAUGAAUACGAACUUGAAAUGAUCUCGUGACAAAUUGGAUAUCUGUUUAUUGUGCCAGGGAACUAAUUGCAUUUGUACUUAUUUAAGCCAACGUUUCACUACAAGAAAAUAGCUAGGUUUCCCGUAAUCUAAUAAUUCAAUUGCUGGAAAUUAGUUGAUUUUCUCAAUGUUGACGGUUGUUUCGCUUCAUUGGUUGUACUUAUUUUGUUUAACAUUAAGGGAGAUGUCUCAUUUUCAUAUACAAUGUGAAAUAUGCGCAUGGUCCUCCCAAAUUUUAAUCACAAAUGCAUUCAAAAUUA